AUGGAGAACGAACGCGGUGAACUCGUCGACCUCUACGUCCCCCGCAAAUGCGCUGCGACUGGCAGGAUCAUCAAGGCCAAGGACCACUCUAGCGUCCAGAUCUCGAUCGCUAAGGUCGAUGAGAACGGCCGUUACACCGGCGAGAACCAGACCUACGCCAUCUGCGGCUUCGUCAGGGCCAUGGGCGAGUGCGACGACAGCUUCAACAGGCUCACACAGAGGGACGGCUACUUGAAGAACGUCUGGAGCGCAUCCCGAUAAGCGUGCACGAUGAGUUUGGCGAGGAGUUUAGUGGAAUACCGGACUGGAUCAAAAGGAGUGCUGGUCGAGCGUAGUAUCGUCUACAGCUCGGAAGAUGCCCCGCUUCAUUUUCGAUGAGCCCAAUAGACUCACGAUUUCGGCAUGACGGUUUUCACGGAC